UGCAUGUGCGGUGCGGGGGGCGGGCGCCGCGCGGCAUACGCGAAGCCAUCUUGCCAUCGGCCGUCGAAAAGACCGCGUCUCCGCUACAAAUCGCGAUUAAUUCCUACUAAUUAACCGAUAAAUAUAACAAAAACAUUCGGAAAACCAGUGCUCACAAGUGCCGUGUACUGUACAGUGACUGACUGUUUGCGAAUUGUUGACAUAAUUGUGUUGUUGUUGUGUGUGUGUGCAUUCCUACUGUCUAGUUGCGAGCUCUAUUCGGCUUUGGCCUCGCAUCCAAUGGGAGCUGCUAUUGAUGGAAGCUAAUAAUAGUGAUAAACUGGAGUGCAGUCACUUUGUGUGGUUUUCCGUACGUCUAUGUAUGAUUCGAUCUCACUGUUGGAUUUAUAAUGUGCUAAGCGUGAUAAGUGAGUGAAGUGAAGUGAUAGUGCAGUGACAGUGAGUGACUGGUGUAACUAUGUUUGACGUCGUGAUGGUGACAAGAUCUGAAUGGUAGCGUCCGACAAAGGCGUGGUAUGGACAAGGAGAACGGCGAUGGCGGCGAGGCUGCGGGCAAGGCGCCGCCUGACGGCCUGCUGGACGCCGCCGGACUGUUCGGAGCAUAUUGGGGUCGGGAUGGCACGGCUGGGGGUGGCGCGGCUGCGCAGGCGCAGGCCCAAGCCCAGGCUCAAGCGGCGCUGUUCGGCUUCGGGGGGCGCUACCCUCCGCCAACCACGCUCGGCGUCGCCGCCAACCAGGCGGCGUCUCUUGGGCUUCACCCUGCUGCCAGUGCAGCAUGGUGGUCCAUGGCGUCCCACCUGGCCGCGCAGGACUACCUGGCGCGGCUGCAGGCGUCCGGCCUCAACUUCCCUCCGAUGGGUGACCCCUACUCCGCGCUGUCGGCCUUAUCAGCUGGGGCGCUGAAACAGCCGCCUAAACCUGGGAAACAGCCUAGUAGAAAUGAAAGGUCGUCUGGCCGGAGUAGCACCAGUUCCAGUACUUCCACGAAGGACAAGAGCCCUUCGACAAGUUCAGCGCAGAAUAUGAGUGAGUGGGGGUCGUCAUACGGGUUCCCGAAGACGUCAUCCCCGUCGAGUAUGCACUCGCAGUCGCUGUCCAGCCUGGCCUCGCUCAACAGCCUCGUAUCAGCCCCGCACCAGAAACACAAACCACAGCCCAUACCUUCACAAAAUAGGAAGUCGUCGUCGUCGUCGACGGGCAGCGGCGGGGCCAGCAAAAGCAAAGAGCGGGAGCUGGCGCUGCUGCGCGGCGACCUCAUGCUGGCGCAGGCGGCCGCGCACGGCGCCUACCACGCGGCCGUGGCGGCUGCCAAGGGGAAGAACAUGUCUCCCCUCUACCCGUUCGGAAUGCCAGGCUCUGAGAAGGACCGGCACUCUGGCAUUGACUCCCUCACAGGGCUCCCACACACUAUUCUCAGUGCUGCUUUGGAAGGAGGUGACCCAGCUUCGGUAUUAGGCGGUGUGCGGUUACCGCCGGACACUGAGAUCAUCAAGUACACAUCGUCCCUGGCGGGGCCUAAGGCUCCGCCGGGCACAACGAACCGCGGUCGCAAGAAGACCAUAUCGUUGGAUCCACCGCACGUGUCUGUCCACCCCACUGAUGCUGCGCUCCCCAGUAAACGGCAGAAAGUGGAGGAGCCGUCGCGCUCCUCAGUUGAGGUGAUCCGACUGCCCUCUCGCGACAGAGGUCACUCUCUACACUCUGCCUCUCCUAACCUCACGGACUAUGCAGGCAUAUCCCGCGAGUUAUUGCAAACAAUCGCUAGUCAAAGUGGAGUCAGUCUGGCCGCACUGGAACGACAGCUGGCUGGCUCGGCCUCCGCCACAGAUGGCGGCCUAAACCUGAGUACGAAAGCGAACUCGAGUUCAGAAGACGCCCCAUUGGACCUCGGCUCAAAAAGUGGUCAGGACGAAGAUGCCCCACUCAAUCUCUCACUCAAACCCACGCCAGUGAGUUCGCAAGCCUCCGAUGCCCUCUCCCGCCUCUCAUCAUUGAGCAGUUCGCUCAGUGCGUCCAAUAACGAUAGGAUAUCUCGUCGCAAGCCCGGCGCGAAGCCUCGCCGCGUGGCGCCCGAAUUAAACACUCAAGUGGCCGACUCCCCACGACCGAAGUCUAGCGGCAGCGAGGACAGUGAAUCGGUUGCAGCGUGGCCGAAUCGUGAAGGGCGGCCACGGAAUCUGGGUCGGGGGGUCAGCAAGCCUAAGAAGAACACCGUCGCCUCGCUGCUGGCCCAGAGCAGAGCCCUGGGCCUCCGCCCUGCGCUCGCGCAGCAGCUGCUGGGGGAAUGCGACCUGGAAAAAUUGAAGGCGUUACUGGGUGAAUCUGCGAGUACAGACUCUGAAUGUCCGUCUGACAGUCCCUCGGACUCCGACACCGGCAGCGAGCCUCGGCGCUCCAACGAUUCUCAGCUGAGGCUGCCGCUCGCCAGAGGUUGGAAACGGGUGACCGUCAUAAAGGGUCUGUCCAGGAACUGCAGCAUUCGCGGUGACGUCACGUACACGCCUCCCGAACAAUCGUCGCCCAAUCUCAAGAAUAUGCAAGAAGUUGUCGCGUAUCUGGAAGCGAACCCGUGUCCUCCAUUAACGGCAGACAAUUUCAACUUCAACUCGCGAACCGUGCUGGGAGAGUACAUACAGCCGGCCAACGGUGCGGAGCUGACAGAGCCUACUUUGUUCAACGAGGCUGAGAUCACUAAGAGACUGGAAGAGGCCCGCGCGCUGGCGGCGCUGGGCGGGUCGCGGCCGACGCCGCCGCCCGUGGACCGCCGCAUCGAGCUCGCGCGCCGCCAGCAGGCCGCGCGCGACCUGCGCAGGGACCACUCGCAGCGCUCCAGGGACCAGGCCCGUCUAGUCAGAGAGCUCGAAAGGACAGAAAAAGCGGAAUUGGUCAAGCGUGAGAAGGAAGCAAGAAGCGCGCAGCUAUUAGAGCACAUCAACAGGAGUAGAUCCCAGCUGACUAUCGAACCGGUGAAAACUGGAAAUGAGUGGAAAGUACCGGAUCUAGUGAUGGGCCCGACCAAAACCAGUAAAGAACGUAUCAUGCCGCCUAUAAGUCUGUCUUUGAUACCAGUUAGCAGUGUGAAGGACACGCAAAACUCGCCCAUAAAAGCUGUCAAUUAUGAACAGUUUAAAGACGAAUAUAACGCGUUAGACAAAAUGAAAGAUUUCGCCGAAAAAGCCUCAUUUGAUUUGCCGAAAAAUAAAGACAAAUAUUUCGAUUUCUCUCUAUUGAAAAACGAAAAGAAAACUAAACCCGACAAAGAGAAUAAUCUCGAGAAAUUGAUUGAAUCUUACUCGAGGAUCAGCGAGUUUAUAAACGGCUGUGAUUGGUCCAAAGAGAGAAAGCACGAGGACCCGAAAUCUUUGGAGCAGAAAUAUCUGGACGCGAAAAACGAAUUUAUGUCGCAAAAUUUGAGUUUAAUGCCGAAAGAAAAUAAUAAAUCUGUUUUGAAAGACGUCAUAGACUUAAGCGAAGACGAUGAUAAUAUACUAACUGAUAUCAUAGCUAAAAAGAUGAAAGGAACUUUUAAUGUCGGAAAAGACGGAGCGCUAUCUAUUUCGGUCCAUCCCUUCGUGAAGGAUGGUUCGGCUAAGAGGAGAAAACAAGAGGAGGUGGAGAAGCAGAAGAUAGAGGACCAGGCGAAAAGACAGCAGGAAAGAGAAAUUAAAAGGCAACAGGCAAUGCUGCUCAAAGAACAGAUUGAUGCGUGGGGACCACAGCAAAAGUAUAUUACUGAGGAACGCGAAAGAAGAAGACAGCACACAACGUUCAUUAGACAAUUGGACUCCCGCCGACGCUGGGAAGAAAGGGAGAGAAGAAAACAUCAGAACCUUCUAGACAGAUUGCUUGCGAAGGAGAAGAAAUUGCAGCAGAGACGGAAAGAGAUGGAACUGUUGGCUGAACUCAGACGGCCCCAAGAAGACUCCUCGCUAUGCGAUCAAAAGCCACUGCCGCCCCUGGACAGGAUUCCGGGACUGAAGCUGCCGGGGCAGGCCAUGGCAGACAUACUGCAAGUGUUCGAGUUCAUACACAGCUUCAACCAGAGCCUCGGCUUCGAUGUGGAGUCUAUCCCCACGUUGAAUACGCUGCAGCUAGCGUUGUUGCCGGACUGCUGUCCCGACGCUGAAGAGGAGCUGGUCCAGGUGUUGACGCAGCUACUAGUCUGUGCUAUCGAGGACCCAGGAAUACCCCACCCCGGCCGCCACACGACUCUAUUGGGGCACGCUAUCCGCAUGGGGGACAUAACCCCGGCCAAUCUGAGCGAAGUGUUACGUAUAUACUUGUAUGCUAACGCUACGGGGCAAGUGAAAGCUUUGACUGGUCUAACAGCGGAGCGGGAGCGCGAGCGCAGGGUGGCGGACCAUCACCAGACUGACGCGGAGAUGCAGGCCACGUACGCCAGCACGAAAAAUGCGGCGUACUACGAACAUUUGCGGAAUAACCACGUCUACAAGCUUAGCGACGCUCUCCGUGACAAACCAUUCCUGGCCCUGAACGCGACCACCAAAGCCAAGAUCUUAGCCUUCCUCUGCGACGAACUGCUUCAGAACAAAUCUGUUCUGAGGCAGAUAGACGGGUCUCUCGAACAUCUGAACCAGAUGAAGAAGGAGCGAUACCUCAUGGACAUGAAGAUUAGAAAAGUCCGUGUGUUGCACCAACGGAAACUGCGAGCGGAACAAACUGAGAAGCAGCAAGCGUUAGCGCUGGAAAGAAUGCAGCGGUUGGUGGAGGAAAGUGCGGCCAAUCUGAGAGGGUCGCCGCAGCAUGAUGAGGAAAUGCCAACUCAAGACAAGGAAACACCCAAAAAAAGCACCCCAUCACCGCAAACGGAAAGCGAAGAGAAACCACCGUCUCCAUACAAGGAAGCCGAAGGGAGCGACAAGGAAUUAUCGCCCUUGAAGGACCUGUCCAACAUGAAGAGUUCAAGCAAGAUGCUCAACAACAAUAAGGACGAAUGUUCCCCGGCGGAUAAUAAGCUGGAUAAGGAUAGUGUUAUGGGUGACUGUGAUGCUAUUCUAAGUGAUUUGGAGAGUGAAGGAACGCAACCGGAGGAGGACGAAGACAAGAACUUAUCGUCCGAGGAGUUGGGCCGCAAGCUGGACAAGUUGCUGCGACAGUCCGAGCAACAGUUGCAGCAACUGACCGCUGGAUCUCACGCUCUGAGGGCCACUUGUUACGGACAAGACAGAUACUGGCGCCGCUACUGGUCGCUGGGCACGGCAGGCGGCAUUUUCGUGGAAGCCAUGGAGUCCGCGCAGCCGGAGAUCAUGGCCUAUCACGAGACACUAGAGAAUCAAGCUUUGAACAAACUGGACAACGCUUGCAGUAAAAAAGCUGCUCGAGAAAGAGAAGACGAAUCGGAACAGAAAGAGCUGGACUCUGAAGCGCAGAAGGAAGAAGCGUUGAAGAGUGAGAUGGAGUUAAAAAGUAUAAAGUCUGAACUGAAUCUUAGUGAUCACACGCAGAUCAUCAAAUAUGAGCCGAACCACGGGAACUGCAAGGUUGAAGGGUCGUCAAUAAAGAUGGAAGAGAAGUACAUCCAACAGAAGAACAAUGAGGAGCAAGACAUGCUCGACAUAGAAGACUCUAUCCCCACCGCAUUUUUAGUCCAGAAACCCACACACAAGCCAAUGUACGCCACGCAAGCAGAACCCGUCGACAAGCCACAAGAAAUUGUCAAAGUAGAAAACGUAGUCAAAACUGAAGAAAAAGACGAAGAAAAAGACCAAUUAGUCAACAAUCUAGAAGAACUGAGAAAACUCGCCGAAGCCGUCUCCUCUCAACUGGACGCCGCUAAAAAAGCUGAAGCGGAGAUCAAAGAAGAGAAAGAAACAAAAGAAGUGAAAAAAGAAGCAAUGGAGAUAGACGAAGCGCACAAUUAUUUGUACAACAAAAUGAGUGAAGGCAAAUGGUUCUCUGUUCUAAGACACGAAAGCUCAUUUUUGAGUAACAUCAACGAGAAAAUCGAAAGAGUCGAAUAUUGUGAUAAUGAGCACACAUGUUCGGAAAUUGUUAUAUGUCAAGGUCAUAAGUGGGAUGUGUCGAAUAAUCUACACUUGUUGAACGACCCGAGUCUGUUCACGUUGAAUAGUAUGGUGACUAGCGUUCAAGUGCCGGCGAAUAGUGUGUAUCACGACUCCAGCUUGACCAUGUCCGGGUUGGACCAGGACAUGAUGGACGCGAGUUUGAACAGGGAUGAGAAUCAGGAUGAUUAUGUUGCAGAGGAGAUCAAAGAACAGGAGCAAGACAACGAUUUAGAGAAAGAACUCCAAGCCGACGCGCUGAAGCACGACACGGCCGCGCAAAAAGCGAAGGCGGCCAGUCUCACCAGUUUGGGACUUCUCAAUUUCAACGCGUUAUCGACUUACGUCACGUGUGAUAGCCCUCCGCCUAUACAGAUGUCACCGGAAGAAUUGCAACAAUUGGAGAAGUGCAAAUUGGAAGGCCUACCGAGGAAAGUAGAGGGGAGCCAUGUGGACAGAGAACAUAGACACGGCUGGUGGAGGAUCACGCAGCCAGAACAACUGAAACAGCUGAUGGAGUCACUUCAUUGUCGCGGCGUCCGCGAGAGAGAGCUACACGCUGCGUUCGCGCACCACCUACCUACUGUUAACAACAAAUUAUACAUCGACAAAGGCGACACGGCAAGCACGGAACUGUCGAUAUCUCACUUGGACCGCGUGAUCGCUCAAAAUGGCGGCUUCCCGCGGCCCGACUCGCCCAAUUCUUAUUCUGUCAGUGCGGCGCAACGGGUCGAUAUGCAGCUAUUGAAAACUGUGGAACAAUUAGAAGAACGAGUAUUCGACGCAUGGAUGCAAGUGAAGGGGUGGCGACCACAACGCAACGCGUCAGACGACGGCCGCACCAUAGUGCAAAGGGCGAAGCAGAAACUGGCUGCUUUAGAGGCCCACAUCGAGAGGAGAUAUCUUAAACCGCCUUUGGUGCAAAGGUAUGCUAGUACGGCGGAGGCCACACUGAACUCGCUGCAGCAAGGAGACCACGGGAACUCCGCACAGUCACCUCAGAAUACAGACGGACAGACUGAACCUAAAGAAACGAAAGGCAUAGCCCGCGGCCUGGCGACCUGGCGGGAAGCCCUGUCGCGCUGCAACACGUCAGCGCAGCUGGCCAUGUUGCUGCAGGCGCUGGAGACACAUGUCGCGUGGGACAAGAGCAUCAUGAAGGCGAACUGUCAAUUCUGUCAGCGUGGAGACGACGAAGAGCAACUGUUACUAUGCGACGGCUGUGAUAAGGGAUACCAUUUGUACUGCUUCAAACCACGCAUGGACAAGAUUCCUGAAGGCGAUUGGUACUGCUGGGAGUGCGUGAACAAAGCCAGGGGCGAGCGCGUGUGUAUCGUGUGCGGCGGCGCCUCGUCCGGACGCACCAUACCGUGUGCGUUGUGUCACAGAGCAUACCACCAGGAUUGUCAUUAUCCUCCGUUGGGAAAGAACCCCCGCGGCAAAUGGUACUGUUCGCAGUGCAUUGCGCGCGCGCCGCCCAAGAAGCCGCGAAACACGAAGAAGCGAGACAGCAAGCAUAAGGACAACAGCGUCGACAUCGACCAGGGCAUGGUGCCCAGUCCAGCGCCAUCGCACGCGUCGACCUCCACCACGGCUGAAGAGAGUGCUGCCAGCGCGCUGCACACGCCCGAGAAACAUGAUGUGGAGAAGAUGGACGACGUUGAGAACGGCAUCGACCAUCACGUUGCGCCUCCAGAAUUUACGAGCGACGAGCCGCCAGAAAAACGUCGAGCGCUCUACGGCAACGGCGCAAUACAACACGAACACGAACACAUGGACGGUGAUGAUCAAGACACGGAGAACGUACCCCUGCUGUCGCGUGCGAAGAAAGAGAAGAAUUCUGCGAAGAAAGUGUUGCAGAAAGAGAUGCAGACAUGCAAGAAUCUCCUAUGCGAGAUGGAGUGCCACGAGCACGCGUGGCCGUUCCUGGUGCCCGUCAACACCAAGCAGUUCCCGCAGUACAAGAAGGUCAUCAAGUGUCCCAUGGACCUCUCCACCAUCAAGCGGAAGCUGCAGGACAACAUUUACAAAUGCAAGGAGGAGUUCGCGUCGGACGUGCGGCUGGUGUUCGCCAACUGCGAGGUGUUCAACGACGACGACAGCCCCGUCGGCCGCGCCGGCCACACCAUGCGGCAGUUCUUCGAGCAGCGCUGGGGGCAGCUGUGAACUGGGCCGGUGAAGUCAAGUGAAUUUACGUAUACUCAUGGACUGUGUUUAUGGAUAAAACGUUCAUUCAAAUAAUCGCAAGAAAAGGUGGAUUUCUGAAUUUUUGUGGACACGUCAAGACUUGUGGAAAAUGUGUGGAUUUUUUUGAUGGUUUUCCAAAAAAAACAAACACCAUGUAGUUCUUUGAGCUGCGCUGGGGUGAGGCGGAAUGUGAAUUAAGAACUAAUGAUAAUGACCGAGAUUUUAGUGAAAAUGUCAAGACUUGUGUGAAAUGGUCGUUUUUGUGUACAUGCCUGUAUGGCAGAAGCCACAAUUUCUGCGGAAUGAUGUUUUGAGCGAAAAAAUUAAUAUUGAGGAAUAACUGCUUUAGUAAACAACAUCAAGACUGAAGUGUGAAAUGAGAAUCAUGGCCAUUUUCGUUAUAAAAUGGUGGUAACUGCCAUUUUAUAGAAUGAUGGCAGUGAAAACAUUAAGCGAGCAAAACGUGGAGAAAUGACAUUAUAGCAUGGAUGUUGCUUGCUUAUGUGGCGCUUCGCCCUAUGUCUCAUCUAAUAUGCUGUUGUGACCCUCGAACUACACAAGCUCAGACCUGUACAACGCUACGGACAACAUUGGCAGUGGUGAGGUAUUUGUCCACACAAAUUUGAACACCAGAGUCUCGCUAAGAAGUGAAGACAUCAAAACUACUGCAGACGAGUGUGACGUGGAAUGAUGAAGAGUUAAACGGUUUUUAAGAUGGAUCUAAUUGGCAAAAUUAAAAUACGGACUGCCUAAGCAAUAAUCAAUAUAAGAAGGCAAAUUAUAUUGAGCACAAAGUGAUGUAUAAAAAUAAUUUGAUUCGACCCCUGACUAGUCAUUGAUUUAAGAGCUAAACUUAUCAUAAAUUUGAAAACUGCCAGUUAUAAUACAUAGCAAGCAGGUUAAAAUAGAUUUCUUUGAAAGGACGAUGUUAAAGGACAUGACAAUUUAUUGUAAUAACAACAUACAACGCGUUUGACAUAACAGUAGUCAACAUUCACAACUUCAUUAUAAAUGAGUAAAUAAAGUGUAUCCUACAAUUUACGAUGAAGUUGUCGUGGUAGAUGCUGCGUUCCGAUGUCGUUGACAAUCCUAUUUCAUUUUAAAUGCAUAGAGACUAAAAUUGCAUUUAAAUUAGAGUUGAAUAAUGUGACCCAAUAAACAUGUUAAUAAUGGUAACUGGCAUGACAGAAAUUAAAAAAUAAUAAUUAAAUAGGAUUUUGAAUUUAUUGUGGCAGUGUAAAGGAAUAUAAGCUUUAUUACUACCGUCGUUAAGUUCGUUUAUUUCCGACGGUUUUAGCAGUAUUUUCCGACCUUCUUCAAAAGGAGGAGGUUCUUAGUUCCCUAAAAACUAGAAAUUAUAAAAAAAUCUUGACAAUCAGUGACCAAAUAUCUACCUUUGCCUGGCGCAUGUAGACUGAACAAUGAAAUAAAGCUGUCUCACUCUCACUAAUUGUAUGUGAAAGAGAUGUAGAUAUUGAUUUGGUGUUGUGAUACAUUAUACUAAGUAACUUGUUGUGAAAAAGUGCUUGAUACUAGCAUAUUUUACUUUUUCGAAUGAUAGUGGAAAUUCAGAUUUCUUAAAUUAUGGUUUUGCCCACUAACAUUUUUUAUUAAUAGUUAAAAAUUAAAACAAACAUUUUGCUAACUGUAUGCUCGACAAGUAACUUCUAAUAAUUUAUAAUAGUUUAUACUCGACCUAGGCAUUGUUCAUUCCUUUUUAUACUAUUUUAAAACAUUCCAAAUUUGGACUUCGACCUUCAUGGGUCACGUCGGAUAUGAAAAAAAAAAAGAUCGAAUCUCAUUUUUGGGCAACUUCGCUAUGAAAAUGUGAGCGCACACGAGUGGACAUGUAUUUAACGUUAGGCUGUAAAUAUUUAGUUCUUAGUACAGUUUAAAAGUAUUAGGACCUAUUCUAAGCAUAGAAAUAGUAGAUAUAAUAUGUCGUUUUCGAAUAUUAUUUUUAUAAUAAUUUGCGUGUAGCAACGAAACAGUAUUUUAAAAAAGUAACGUCGAUUUUCCUUCGCGUUUGUUUGAAAUUCGAAUUUGGUGGCCAGUUCUUAGGUAUUUGUACAUUUAAUUGGGUGUGUAAAGAAAAAAUAGUAUAUUUAAAAAAUCUUUAGACGCGAGAUCUUUGUAGUUAUUAUAGUGAGAAGUAGGCAGGCCUUUAGGACCGCCGUCCGGAUCGGCCUUAGGAUUACGACCACGGUACUAUACUGUGUAUAAUUGUAUUUUGUGUAGGCUUCUCCCGACUUCCUUCAGCUAGGAACCAUUCCUUGUAUAUUUCUUUAUACCAUGUUGGUAUAUACCCCAAUUUAUUUUGACCCCUUUGGGAAACGCCUAUCCAUCUGUCUGUGUAUUUUAAUUAUAUAUUACAAAAUAUUAGGCUCUUGCUAGUAAAAGAACAGAUUAUUUGUAUAAAUCAGUAUUUACAAUAUAAUUUGUAUAAGUUGUUUAAGUAGACUAUUAUAACAUCACAGUAGCAGCAAGCAUAAAUACAAUAGUUACAUUAUUUUAGAUAAUACAUCCAUUUCACUAAACUUUUUAACGACAUCGAUGACCAACGUGAGGUGAUAGGUAUAAAACACCACUCUAAAUUCGCGUUAUAGUUCAUUUCUGCUCUAUAGUUAAUUUAAUUUCUGUUCGGAUCAGACUACACUACAUUCUGAGUAUGCAAAACGAAAAAGUAUUUAUGCACCCCCAGUUCGUACGCUUAUGAUUUUAGAAUUAAUUGUCAUUUGACAAUAUAUCUAUUUACGUGUACUUUUGUUAGCAAGAGCUGUAUAGGAGAUGUCAUGACUUAGUCGACAUAGUUUUGGAGAAAUUGUAAAUUGUGGAUGAUUGCGAAUGUCCUAUAUACCCAUAACUUAAAAAUAUAUAUUUUGUUUUUUUUUUAUCUGGUCAUAAUUUCGUCCGAAACUGGAGAAUUUAUAAUCAAAGUUGAUCAUUUUUUUAAUAUGUGAAAAGCUUUAGUCAGGUCUGUUUGGCACAAAUAUGAAUGGUGAAUUUUAAUUUUCUAUUAAAUGUGUUGUUAAUAUCAUUGUAGUCAAUUAAUGUCACUUGCAUGAAUCUUUGACUAUUGUUAAUUUACUUAUGUUAUUAUUUCCUAAAAGGGUUAUCAGUUUUAACAGGUGGCGAAUAUUUUAGAAGACCGUAAAAAUUCGCCAUGUACUUCUCGAACUUUUGCAAUUGGUAACAAACAAUUAUUUAUGAAUAAUUUUUUUGAAACAAUGUUUUUUAAUAUGUGUGAGAUUUUAUUUCGAUGUUUAAUUAAAAUAACUAAAGAUGAACCAGUUCUACACCUUUUUCAAUUUUAGUCUACCGCAAUAAUAUUAACAACAUUAUUGUAUCAUUAUGGGUGUACAAAAUGUUGGUUGUAUGUCAUUUUAAAAUGUUAUUUAUUGAAUUUCGCUAUUUAUUCUUUGUGAUGUUUCUUCGUAAAAAUCGAUGUGGGCUUUUCUGCUCAACACAUUGUUGUUUAUUUAUAUCUAAAUUAUUACAAAACAGUAGCAUGUCAUGUCAUUAGCGGCAAUUUCUGGGUUUUGUCGUUAAAUUAAUUUAAUUUACUUAAUUAAAAAAAAAAAAGUUAUAUCAAACACUUGUAGCAAAUUAUGUGUUCUUGGCAGCUAUAAUAUUAACAAAUAACAAUGUGUUGAGACAAUUUGUAUUCCACAUACACCUAAGUAUUAACAAUACUUUCAACUUUUUAAAUACUGUAGACAGUUUUCUUUGAAUUAAAUUAUUGUGUACCUAGUUUUUUAAAUCUACUUAAUUCAUUGCCAAGUCGUUUGAGCAUAUACCUACUGCCAGUGUGUAUGGAGAUAUUUGGCGGGAAAGUGAUACGUCCGCGAAAGCGAUGUACUGAAAGUUUGUGUUGUGUGCAUCGGUUGAUUUUAACUAUAAAUGGAUAUAUAAAUUAUAUAUACGAAUAAAUAAAUAAUUUUUGAAGCA